AUGUCUUCAGACUCCAAUCCACAGCUUCGAAUGCCAGGGUUCAAUGUAGAUUUGAACUAUGAGCCCAAUCGAAAUAUUUUUGGUAUGGGAAUCAAUGGGUUCCAGAAUGGUUUAGAUAAGGAUCACCAUGCAUAUGGCUGCAUGUAUGACCUGGUCACCCACCGAGAGGUUCUCAUGAUGCAAGUCAUGAAUACCAUCACCGAUAAGCCUGAAUGGGAUCAAAAGAUCUUUGAUGAGGAUAUCACGGCUAAAUGGCAGAAUGAAAUCAUCCAAAGCGGACAAGACGUGACUCCGAAGAUGAUGGAUUGGAUUGUCAAAGAGCUUCAAUGGAAAACCGGGGUCUUCAAAGAGGAAGGGAUUGUCCGUGUCUUUGAUGUGGGCGUUAUUAAGUCGGAUACCGCCAUAUCGAAAGAACUACAGCAGGCAUUAAAAGAGGCCGUGAAGCCUCUGAAGAAUAUUCCAGAGGACCAGAAAGACUAUCACCCGGGAUCUGACAACAAGGUGAUCAAUUUAGUGGAUCCCUCACUAUUUCCGGUGAUAUACGGCCAGACUCGUGUUCUAGCAAAUAGAACAAUCGGUACCAAUGACUGCAUACGCAGCGUGGGACAGGGGGACUUGGUCCUCCUUCCUUCCAGGGAGAACUGCUGUUUGCCUAUUGAACACAACGAGUUUCAAGCUCAUAAUCGAGAGAUGGAGAUCCCAGUUUUCAACGAAAAGUCCCAAUGGCUCCCAUCCGACGUUGAACUCACUCAUAAUUCCGGCUGCACAAUUGUCUCGUAUAUUAACAAUGUCCAUCCCGUUGGCCAUAAAAGGCUCUAUGAUGUGGUUGAGAAGAUCAUCGCCUGCACAAUCCCACUCUGGGAUCAGAGCUUGACAGAAUUCUAUAGCUACAGAAUCAAUUACCGGGAAGUCAAUUUCGAAAGGCAUACAGAGUCUAGACCCACUUCGCCUGAGAGAGAUGACGAGGAAGAAAUCGAUACCGAAGACGAGGCUGAAGAGUGGUUCUUGGAACCUAUAUGGCAGUGGGACAAUACCCGUCCUAUUCUACUCCCUGAACCGGGCGAGUUUACUUUCCCUGGGGAAUGGCGCAGGGUCAAUCUACGGAAUCAAUUCUCCGGAACGAAGCUGCAGGUCAUUGUGAAGUUGGCCAAUAUCGAAUUGACCUCUAACAACCCUGAUUAUGAAGGGGAUUCAUGGCACCUGGAGGGGCAGCUAAACGAGCGUAUUUGUGCCACCGCAAUCUACUACUACGAAAGCGAAAACAUCAUCGAGAGCACUCAAGCUUUCCGUCAACAUGGAAUGGAUAGCAUGAUAAAUAUCGGCUAUCAACAUGGGCACCACCAGUUCCUACAAGCGGUCUACGGCUUUGGCGAUGACGUCCGGGGCAACGGCAGCACUAAUGUCACACAAGAUCUUGGCGGAGUUGUCUGCCAGGACGGCCGACUCCUCACAUUUCCUAACACCGUCCAACACCGAGUCUCCCCGUUCUCGCUAGCCGACCGAUCUAAGCCUGGCCAUCGUAAGAUCCUCGUACUAUUUUUGGUGGAUCCUCAUCGGCGGGUUAUCUCCUCUGCCAAUGUGCCUCCGCAGAGGGAGGAUUGGGGUGGCGAUAGGCAGCUGGCGGUGAAUCAAGUGCUGUCAAGACUACCUUUGGAAUUGCAGUAUAUUGUUGAGAGCUACAUCGACCCCCUAAUGACGAUGGACAAAGCUAAGGCGCACAGGGUGGAGCUUAUGAAAGAGCACGAGCUCAAAUCGGAGAGACUUAACCAAAAUUUUGAGACGGACAACUUCCGCCUCAGAUAG